UCGGUUGUUACAUUAUUAGUCGAGAAUAAGUUUCCGACUGACUGUCUUUCGGAGCAUUGUCAACUUUAUUUGAGUAUUUUUUUAAAAUAAUUCAUCCAGGAAUUGUUCAGCUAAUCAAAAUGGCCGAUUCAAAACAAAACCUUUUACUUUUCUUCGACCGUCCAAGGGAGCCAUGCUUCAUGCAAAAGGGGGAGGACAAAUCCACCUUCCAGAUACCUGAUAAUUUUUACCCAGAUAAAUACAAGGCGGUUAGCAAUACACUCGCUAAUCGUUUCGGUGCUGAUGCAAAAUCAAUCCCGGUGAAUGAGAUAGCAUUGCCGAAUCUCCAGCUGCCGAUGGAGCUGCCGUUCAGCGAUCAGUUCUCUCUAUUCGUUCCCAAGCAUAGGAAAAUGGCGGGAAAACUUAUUGACAUAUUCAUGGGUAUGAGAAACGUUCAAGAUUUGAUAUCGAUUUGUUCAUACUGUCAGCUACGUAUCAACCCUUAUAUGUUCAACUAUUGUCUUUCCGUUGCUAUUUUACACAGACCUGAUACUAAGGGUUUAAAUAUCCCAACUUUUGCGGAGACAUUUCCUGACAAGUUUAUGGACCCUAAAGUCUUCCGCCGCGCACGAGAGGUCAGCACCGUUGUUACUUCAGGCGUGAAGAUGCCAAUAACAAUUCCUUUGAACUACACCGCGUCGCCGUCAGAACCGGAGCAGCGUGUAGCAUACUUCCGCGAAGAUAUAGGCAUCAACCUUCACCAUUGGCACUGGCAUCUGGUCUAUCCAUUUGAUGCUGCAGACCGCUCGGUUGUCAACAAGGACAGGAGGGGAGAACUCUUUUAUUACAUGCAUCAACAAAUCAUUGCCAGAUACAAUACAGAACGUCUGUGCAAUAAUUUGGGAAGAGUAAAACGUUUCAAAAAUUUUAGAGAGCCGAUUGAAGAAGGUUACUUCCCUAAAAUGGACUUGCAAGUGGCCAGUCGAUCUAUACCACCCAGAUUCGAAAAUUCAAUAAUUCGGGACUUAGACAGACCAGUCGAUCAAAUCAGGAUCGAAGUAUCAGAACUGGAGACAUGGAGAGAUCGUUAUCUUGAAGCUAUAAACAACAAUGCGAUUUUACUGCCGAACGGCCGUCAAAUGACAUUGGAUGAAACAAAGGGGAUAGAUGUACUCGGUAACUUAAUGGAAUCCUCAGUCCUCAGCCCUAAUAGAGUGUAUUACGGAGAUCUACAUAACAUGGGCCACGUGUUUAUUUCGUACUGUCACGACCCUGACCAUCGUAACUUGGAACAAUUUGGAGUGAUGGGGGAUUCGGCGACAGCUAUGAGAGAUCCUAUAUUCUAUCGCUGGCACGCGUAUGUUGAUGACAUUUUUAACAUGUACAAGAGCAAAUUACCGGCUUAUGGUGACGAUAAGUUGGAUUUCCCUGGUAUUCGCGUGUCAUCUGUCAGUAUUGAGAGUCCUGCGGGCGCUAACACGUUGGCAACUCAAUGGGAACAAAGUACAGUGGAACUGAGCCGUGGUCUGGACUUCACGCCGCGUGGCAGCGUGUUAGCUCGCUUCACUCAUUUACAACAUGAUGAAUUCGUUUACGUUAUCGAUGUCAAUAAUACCCUCGGACAAGCAGCCACGGGAACUGUUCGUAUAUUUAUGGCACCAACUGUCGACGAGAAUGGCGCACCUUUGCCUUUCGAGGAUCAGAGACGUCUAAUGAUUGAAUUGGACAAGUUUACACAACCACUGAAUGCGGGCACAAACACAAUCCGUCGUAGGAGUGUUGAAUCUUCAGUAACUAUUCCCUACGAGCGUACAUUCCGCGACCAGUCUGCACGUCCAGGUAGCGCGGGCAGCGCGCAGGCCGCACAGUUCGACUUCUGCGGCUGCGGCUGGCCGCACCACAUGCUCAUACCCAAAGGAACACCCCAAGGAUACCCUGUAGUCCUCUUCGCUAUGGUCACCAAUUGGGAUGAAGAUAAGAUCGAUCAAGAUUUAGUAGGAACGUGUAACGAUGCGGCUGCGUACUGCGGCAUCCGAGACCGGCUCUACCCGGACAGGCGUCCUAUGGGAUUCCCCUUCGACCGGCCCGCGCCUGCCGCCAUACUACAAGACUUCCUCAAACCGAACAUGGCGGUCAGACAAUGCAGCAUUCGUUUCACCGACGCCACUCGGAUACGUACACAGCAAGGAUCAACACCAAGCGGUAAUGCUCAGCCGUGUGGAUGCCAGAAGGAAUAUACUCCGAAGGAAAUUGACCAAAUAAUACGAAAGCCAUAUUAUUUUAAUAAAAAUCAGACUAAAUACUGUCCACAUUACAUAUUUUCACAGAUUAAAAAAAAUAAUAAACCCUAGUUUUUAACUUUGUCUUUUAAAUCAGAGAUAAAAAAAAAUUGAAUCUAUUCAUCAUUUGUUUCUAAUGUUCUUAAUGUUUAUUAAAAUAAGAGUAUUGUAAUAAAAAUAAAUUUAAUUAUUAAGUUUUAAGUACUGAACAUAAAAGCAGUAUUUUUGGUACUUAUUAAUUUUAAUACGGGUCAUAUUUAGAUGUAGUUCUGUCAAUAAGUUGUAUUUUAUUUUUUUUCUAUUUAUAAGACAUAAUAAAUAAAGUCUUUCUUA